AACAAGUUGGCAGCGCUGCUUCUACUGUCAGCUGUCAUACCUAAAAGGGAACGAGAGCAGAGAAGCAAGCGACUUUCCUAAAAUUACGAUUUAUUAUUAAUCAUGGCGAGCUAUAUUGCAAGGAAGGGACCUAUGGUAUUCUCCAACCUGGGCAAGUGGGCCUACAAUUUGUCGGGAUUCAAUCAAUACGGUCUGCACCGUGAUGAUUGCCUCUACGAAAACGAGGAUGUGACGGAAGCUGUCCGCCGCCUUCCCCGUAAAUUGUACGAUGAGCGCAAUUACCGCAUUAUGCGUGCAUUGCAUUUGUCAAUGACUAAGACGAUUUUGCCCAAGGAACAGUGGACAAAGUAUGAGGAUGAUGUCAAGUACUUGGAACCUUAUCUGAAGGAGGUUGUGGCUGAGCGCGAGGAACGUGAGGACUGGAACAAGAACCAUUAAAUUGAUUUCUGUCACUGUCACUCUCACUGGACUUGUAAAUGUUGCAAAUACAUUAGCUUAGAUUCAAAUUAAAACUCCUAUGGUUAA